CAGCUGUUCAAGGAGCCAGCAUGAAGGUUGUUGGUGUGUUAGCAGCCUUGGGAACUCUCUGCUCCAUGCUGCCAGAUGUUUCUGCAGAUGAAUCUCCUAAAAUCGUUGGGCCAGACCAUAUUCAGCUGAAAGUUUGUCCAGGGAAACAGUUAGUUCUUGACUGCAAGGCAUAUCCAAAUUGUGAAGAUGAUCUAACCCUUAUCUAUUGGUUGGUCAAUGGCUCCUUCCUUGAAAUAGAAUUUGACGAUGGAAGAAUGACAGAAACAGAGGAAUCAACAUCUGAGGGUGGCGCCAUACUGCAGAGGAGUUUGAUGGUGAAGAACGUCACAUCAGAAGACUUCAAUUCCACCUUCACCUGUGUGGUGACAAAUCCCGCUGGGAUCGCGCAAAAGUACAUCACUCUAGAAAGCAAGAAUAACCAGUGAUCCUGAUACAGCCCGCAUUACUGAAAUGUUAGAGCGCUGACAAAGUUUUAUAUAUACAUAUAUUUUAUUUUUUUGAGAACUUGCACAAUGCAUCCUAGAAAUACAUUGAAUUACAGAUUGUCUUCAAAGUAUCUUUGUUCCGUGCCAAUUGUGAGAGCAGCAACAAGAGUUGUGUGGGUGAAAUAUAGGGUCCAGUUAACACAAUCUAGCUAAAUAUAUGAAGUGUCACUGGAUUUUCAAUAUAUAUUUUUAAAUUAUUUAGGGUUAGGGUCAGAGCUGGUAGAUUAUGUCUUUGUUGUAAUAAUGCUUCCUGGCAAUAAAUCUUAUACCGUUGGAAAGCCUGUUUAUUUCCCUUUUAAAUGGUGCCACAUUUGUAAGGAACAUGCAUUUGUGGGAUGAGCAGCAGAGCUGAGUAUGUGGGUUGCACCCAUGAAAAAAUUGCCAAAUCUUCUCUGCCAAUGCCAAACAGCUUAUUUUGCUGCCGUUAUUGACUCUUGUUUUGAGCUUCUGGUACCGACAAUCAGGUGCCUGAUAUAAGAUUUAUUGCCAAGAAGCAUUGUUACAACAAAGAAAUAAUCUACCAAACACAAAUUUCAUAUAUAUAUAAAGAUAGAUGUAGGAAAAAAAAAACUUUAAUUCAUAGCAGUACGAGCCUGUUUCGUGCAUCGCACACUCAUCAGCUGCCAAGUUGGCUAUACCACAAAGAAAAAAACCAGCAAAUAAAUGCUAUGUUGCCUUGCACCACGCCCCUAUUUGCGGUUCACAGCAACCAAUGGGAGGGUAGGAAACGUUUGAAAAGUAACAUCAGGCACAUUGCAACCAAUGAGGGAGGAGCUGGGCUCAAUUUGAAAAAGUAAGGGCUUAAAGGGCCGGGCACUAUUGGAAUGGGGUAAUUUACAUAUGGGGUACUUUACCAAUGGGGUACUUUACGUAUGUCAUCUAGUGGAGUGGGUCCGGAGCACAACCGAAAGAGAAGGCAGGCAAAACAUAAAAAUACCACAUCCAAUAAUGGUCAUCACAUGUAUCUCAUCCAAUGGGAGGGGGGGGGGGUGGAAUAAUAAAGACAAUGGCUUAUUUGUAGUCUUAAAGUAGAUAUUUUUUUCUCUGUCUACAGCUGGUGACCAAUUCAUUUCUACUGUUCAAGGUAGACAUAUCAGGCUUGCAAAUAAUUAAAUAUUUCUCUGCUGAGCAUAGGUUACAUCUUUUGCUGUUAGUUGAAUAUGCAUUGCUCUUAGUAAGGUUUUUCCAUGAGUUAGAGUAACUAAUGUUCUUGUCCACCAAUGACCAAAUUUAGCGGCCUAAGGCUGUUGCAUUUCUUGAAUGCUCAUUCCUGAAGCUACUGAAGCUACUGAUAUGGGCGUUAAACUUAAUUUUUAAGGGCCCUCUGUUAGUCCAAUCUAAGUGUCCACUUUGCAGUUGUCUUCUGUUGUCACUGAUGCCUGGUAAAUGACUCCCUCUGUCUGGCAUUUUCCUUCAAGGGGGCAUGAUGCCUUAGCAUGGCAGUUAUAGAUAGUGGUAUUUGGCUGUGUUGGGGGCGUCUGUGCCUUGGUCAUGAUGCUUGUGUUGUGGGAUGAUAUAACUUGCUGAACAUUUGGCAUGCAGCUGUAGCUAAUUUUGACAGUGUUCCUGUUGAAUAUUUUUCUUAGCUGAUCUGCGGUAAAGCACUCAUCCAAAAGUUUUAAAAAUAGUUUUCCAUGAUUGCUUACGGCAAUAAACUGGACUUUACUGUCUCAUAAGAAAUUUACUUCAAUCACUGGAUUAAUUUGCUCCUUAUUUGUUGAGCUCUUUUCCUACAGUUGAGUAUUUCUUUUAACAAGUGUUU